AGUGGACGAGGAUUAGACAGCGAGGCCCGGAUGGAGGACGAUAAGAAGUUCCGGAGAAACUACAAAGCGUGCCUGAACUGUCGCACGAGGAAGGUGCGGUGCGAUUUGGGGCCUGUGGAGGCUCCUCACGACCCACCGUGUGCGCGUUGUAAGAGGGAGAGGAAAGAGUGUGUGUUUGCUGAUAGUCGUCGAGGAGGUUCGCACGUGCACAAGAAGGUUAAGACGGAUGGAUCAGUGCCAUUCCAUGCCCCUAAUGCGCUUCCGAUGCCCAUUGCUGGCAGAGGGACGAGCUCGCCAGAGCAGCACUCUCUUCAACACCACGAUGUGCUGUCACAGCAGCAGCAUCACCAGCAGCAGCACCAGCAGCCAUAUGGCUUGACCAGUUCACAGAUUCCAGGAGGGUUUCAAGGAUCUAUGGUGUUUCCGCCUGUUCUACAACCCCCUGUGAUCCAGCAGCCUCAGCCAAACGAGCCGUUGCCACCAUUGAAGAGGCUCAGUGAGCGAGUCAACUCAAACUCAACGCAAGCAUCCGACGAAUCUCAUACUCCUCAGAGAUCUGAGCUCAACACCAUGCAAGGUGCCCUUGUCUUCUUAGCCAGGGCAGCUGGUACAAUUGCAAGAGCCGAUGAUAGAGAUCACAUCAAUGGCCGAGAUAAGCAUGAGCAGUUUGAAACGGAACAACGUCCCACAAGUGCCACGGCUUCUGGCUCUGUUCGUGCCGAUGACAUCGCACCUUUGAUAAGACCUAAAGGGAACACUCCUCCUAGUAUGCCACCAGUGGAGAGGAUCUCUAACGUGCGGCCAAACCCUGCAAAAUCGCUCAACACGAUUGAAUACAUAGGGCCUGGGAAGAUGUUAACUGUGGCUGAAGCGGAACAGUUGAUCCACCUGUUCUUCUUAACUAUGCAUCCAUUCUUCCCGCAUAUACCUGAGCAAUUGCAGUCUCCAGAGGUGCUUGCCGGCUAUCCCAUCUUGUUAUGUGCCAUAUUGACAAUCUCAGCCCGGUAUCAUCCAUUUGAAGAUGACGAUGGCAAUAAGGUCAAUAAGAACUCGAGAAACAUACAACUGCACGAACGGUUAUGGAUUUACUGUCAAAGACUAAUAUCGCAGACGAUCUGGGCCGAAGCAUCCACUAGGUCCGUCGGCACGGUUCUUGCUUUCCUUCUGUUCACAGAGUGGAACCCAAGAGCCAUCCAUUGGAGAUGGUCCGAUUAUGCCAACGCACCGUCACUGUCCAAAGAGGGAACUCCUGAAUACCCUGGAAGCGACUUUGACGCAACAGAAGGCCUGACAGGGCUGAGUGCCAUGAGACGGUCGGACCGUAUGGCUUGGAUGCUGGUCGGCACCAGCGUGAGGCUGGCUCAAGACAUGGGCUUCAUAGACGGCUCCACCAAGAUCUUUGUAGCUACACAUAUUGCCGAGACCAAUACUGCAAUGAAUUUAGGACAGAGAAGCAUGCUGGCGCAAAGUUUGAGUGAAAUUGACCUGGACAAUGAAGACGAAGGUGAGGCUGUGGAUAACCGCAAGCAGUACCUCCACGAUGAGUUCAUACUCACCGUUGAUGAGGAGACAAUGAGACAGAGAUCGUUACAGAAGAAGAACCUCAAGUUCACCUUCAUGCAAAAGGCCAAGCUUGAAUUGUUGAAGAUCAUGUCACUUGCCUAUGAAACAGUUUACUGUGGUGUGCAUAGUCAGUCCAGCACAUCCAAUCUCCAGAACUUGACCGUUUUGACGGUACUGUCACCAUUGAUCGAGCAUUGGUUCAAGACCUAUAAGAAACUGCUGAAACCUUCGAAUCCAAAGAACUUCAACCAGCAUUGCAACUUGUCCUUAGCAGAAAAUCCCAAGCAUGUUCAGGAGCUCACCAAGCAAAUUGAUAAGGAAUCGCUAAUAUGUGAUUACUACUACUGUCAGUUGUACAUAUACUCGUUGGCUUUGAGCAUGGAUACACCAUUGAACAGCAGUUCGCAGGAUGCAAAGAGAUCUUUGACAAAUGUCCAUCUUGAUGAGAUAUCAAAAGCUGCAAAGUAUAUCGAGCUGGCGUAUAAUGCUGCGAAGGAGAUCCUGAAUGCGGCAGUUAGAAUCCAUAAAUUGAAGAUGCUGAAAUACAUGCCCGUUAGGUGGGUCACGCGUGUUGUUCGUUCCGUUGCCUUUAUAGUCAAAUGUUACUUGACUUUAACCAAUACCAACAAGCAAAACAAUGAGUCCAAUUCACAACAGGUGUCAACAUUGUUGACAUUGGGGAUUGUUCCUACGGAAGAUAUCCUUCAAACGAUUCAAAGAGCAGCAAUUGUCCUUAGAGAAGCUUCACCAGACGAGUUACAUCUCUGUACUAGGUACUCCACAAUUUUGAUGUAUCUAUGCUCAGAGAUGAAGUAUCGUUCGAAGUUGAUGGCCAAUCCACCAAACGUUACUCCCCUCGAUGCAUCAUCUGAUGAGGAGACUGCUCUGCAAGAGUCAAAUCAAAAUGACACACAAGUUCCUGUUGGUCCCUUACCAUUCGAUAAGCCUACACAGAUUCCCUUGUCGGCACAAGACGAUGCUCUUCCGUCAGACAGCUCGUCUACGUUUUACAUGGGAUAUCACCAGAUGAAGGACGUUGCCAGCGAUCAACAGGCACUCCCUGAUGCCGUUGUUGACUGGUUCAUGAAGAACGAUGAGGCAAUCGGAUUAGACUUUGUUGAACCGUGGACGGAGAUGAUAGAACAACACCUUGAUAAACAAAAGAACUGAGUCUCAGCACUGCGAAACCAUUCUAAUGGAAUAUUCUAUAAUUUGUUUAUAAAUUGUAAUCAUAUAACCAGUAA